AUGUCCAGACCUGCGCAGGGCGACAUUGAGAAAAUCGACCAUAGCUCGACAAAAGAGCAGCCGACCUCGGAUGACUCCGCCACUGGCGAAACACUUUCAGGCCAGGCAGUCGUGAUCAUUCUGCCAACCAUCGGCCGCGACAUCGGUAUCCCGGACUCGCGCCAGCAAUGGAUCGUGUCGGCCUACGCGCUCGCCUUCGGCUGCUUCCUGCUCCUCUGGGGCCGGAUCGCUGAUAUUUAUGGCAAGCGUAAGAUCUUCGUCCUUGGGUCCGGCUGGGUAGCUAUCGCGCUGGCCGUCAACCCUGUCAUACAUAAUGAGAUCGCCUUCGACCUGUUCCGUGGGUUUCAGGGCCUCGGAGCUGCCGCCAACGUGCCCACCGCGCUCGGGAUCCUGGGGACGACCUUCCCGCCGGGCAAGGCCAAGAACUACGCCUUUUCGAUGUAUGCGGCCGGCGCGCCGCUCGGGAGCAUCUUUGGAAACCUACUCGGUGGCCUGAUUGCCAGUUAUGCGCACUGGACCUGGGUAUUUUGGGCUCUGGCCAUCCUUGCUGGGUUGGUAACUGUCGCUGGAUAUUUUGUUAUCCCGCCUCCGCCGACCACGUUGCAUGCCCAAGGCGUCAAGGCGAAAGCAACGGUCGACUGGGUGGGCGCGGUUCUGAUCACGGUCGGCUUGAUGGUGAUGCUCUUUGCGCUUACGGAAGGAAAUGUCGUUGGCUGGAAGACCCCUUGGGUGCCGGUCCUCAUCGUCGUGGCUCUCAUUAUCAUCACCGCCUUCGUCUUCUGGCAGCACCACCUGGAAAAGACGGGCAAACAGACCCCCCUUAUGAAGGUCUCCAUCUUCAAGAGCCGACGCUUCAGCGCUGCCAUGAUAAUCAUGGCCCUCUUCUUCUCGAGUUUUAACUGCUACCUGAUCUUCGCCACCUACUACUUUCAGGACUUCCAGGGCCUGAGCGCCAUACAGACAACCCUUCGUUUCAUACCUACCGGUGUCGUCGGCAUACUGACGGCAGCGAUCACGGCGAGGCUCGUGGCCAUCAUCCCGACCUUCAUGCUCCUCAUGUUCGGUAAUUUCUGCAUGGCCGUCGCCUGCCUCCUCUUCGCCACGCCCAUACCGCCGACGACGACCUACUUUGCCUACGGCAUGCCGGCCAUGAUCCUCAGCGUGUUCGGGGCGGACAUCACCUGGCCGUGCAUGACGCUCUUCACCUCGCACUCCCUGCCCCAGGCUGAUCAGGCCAUGGGCGGCGCGCUGGUCAAUGCGGUCGGCCAGUUCGGCCGCGCCAUCGGCCUGGCGAUCGCGACGGCUAUCCAGACGUCGGUCAUGGCGGGCGCGAGGGGCACGAGCGUCGAGGAGGCGGGGGCGAUGAGGGCGUGGGAUCAGCCCACCCUCAAGGGGUUGCAGGCUGCGCAGUGGUUUGACUUUGCGCUUGGUGCGACGAAUCUGCUUGUGGUUGCUGUGGCGUUCCGUGGCUCGGGCAUCAUUGGUAAGACGAAUCCGAAGGAUAAGGACGGAGUUUUGGAAAAGGAGCCUGCUAGGAGUGGUGGUGAGGAAGGCAUAAUGAACGAGCAGAAUGGCCGGCAAUAA